AUGGAUCGAGGUGCAACCUUGGGGGCUGUCGAGCUCUUCCUCCGACACGGCUCGGAAGUCCAAAUUCCUAGGCUCGCAGGACUCUACUGUGAAAUGUGCAGCUCAUCAUAUCAACAUGACGAGUGCAGGCAGCAUAUCCUGAGUGAACACACCAGCAGCACACGAACUACCAUCUCGACCGAGACGACACCUCCCUACACAUUUUCAGAGAAGGUAGGCAAGACUGAAGCCUCCACACACCAUCACCGAGCUAAGCAAAAGCCCCAACCGUCUGAAGAGCCGGCUACUACCACAUACAGGUGA